AUGGCGUCUCAAAGUGGCACUCGCCACCUCACGCCAGCCGAGCGACGCACUGCCUACGAGCUGCUCCUACAGAGCCCGUUCAAUGGCCGCCUUAAGUACGGCGCAUUAAAGGACUUUGCUGCCCACUUGAAGUGCCACUGGAAGACUAUAUCGCGAGUGUGGAAGCGUGGACGGCACUCGCUCUCCAACGGGUCACCGUAUGCCGAUGUCGCCUCGAAACUCGAGGGCAAUUCGGGUCGAAAAAAGUCACGUUUGGCUGCUGAUUUCGAGGGCGCAAUCAAGAGUGUGCCAAAGCACCAGCGUCAAACCCUCAGUUCUCUUGCGGCACCGAGUGGACUUCCGAAGACGUCCAUCGUCCGUCACAUGCAAGAGACCAAGAGGCUGAAAUCCCGAGCCAGCUACAUCAAGCCCAUGCUCACUGAAGACAACACAAGGGCGCGUCUCGACAUUGCCAAGUCUUUUGUUCGACAUUUGCCAAGUGGAAACCAUGCUUUCGUCGACAUGAACGAGUAUGUUCAUGUAGAUGAGAAGUGGUUCUACUUGACAAAAGUCAAGCGAAAGUUUUAUGUCUACGACGAUGAAGAAGUGGCCUUGCGCCUUGCGUGCGGCGCAGUCCAAGCAGUUCAUCACCAAAGUUAUGUUCUUGGCAGCGGUGGCCCGGCCUCGAUUCGACCACACGAAGAAGGCGUAUUUCGACGGCAAGACUUGGCAUUGUACAAUGUCGAAUGCCAUUCGUCCGCUGUCGAAGGUGCACUUCUCCAUUUGGAAAGUCGCCUUGGAGAGGAAGCUCAUUUGGAAGACCUGGUCAAUUCUCAAGAACAAGUAGGGUCGACAUUAGAAUAA